AUGAUCCGGACUCUUCGACCUCACAUAAUUGGGCUUCCGCGGUCCCGGAUUCUCCAGGCCACGUUGCGGCCUCCCUUGCGGGCAGGCAUUCAACAUCCUGUAGCAAGAUGGAACUCGUCCAAACCGACACAGACCGAGGUGCUCAAGAGCGACAUUAAGAGUCCCGUGCUUAAGAAACUCAACCUGGACCCUCUCAAGCGACCUGCCACUUUGCUCCCGUCGGAAAUCCACGAGAAUUUGUACACCCUGCCCAACAUUCUGACCUUCACUCGGUUGCUGUCUGCUCCUCUGAUUGGCUACUUUGUGAUCCAACACGAGCAGGUGCUGGCGACGGGUUUGUUUGUGUACUCGUGUGUCACAGACAUGCUGGACGGCUACAUUGCCCGGAAAUUCGACAUGAAGAGUGUGGUGGGAUCGGUCAUUGAUCCCCUGGCAGACAAGUUUCUCAUGAUCACACUGACGGUGUGUCUGGCUGCAGCGGGAGAGAUGCCCGUCUACCUGACAACCCUGAUUCUCGGCCGAGACUUUGGCCUCGGACUCAGCGCCUUCUACUACAGAUACAUUUCGCUGCCUCCUCCCAAGACCUUCACCCGGUUCUGGGACUUUUCCAUCCCCAGUGCCGAGGUGAACCCCACCACCAUCUCCAAGUACAACACGGCCUUCCAGAUGCUGUACAUUGGUCUGGUGAUGAGCAAGCCGAUCAUUGGCACCUUUGCUGACAUGGCUGCAUUUGAUGUUGGCAUGACCUACUACGGCUACUUUGUGGGAGCCACUACUUUCCUUUCAGGAAUGUCGUAUGUCUUUUCCAAGACGGCCGUCAAGAUUCUGCCUUAUCCCCAGCAAGCCAAGCCCAUGGUUUUUGAGGGAAAGAAGUUGAACGAGAAGUAA